AUGUUAAGAGGAGGAUCGCUAGGAUGGAUAGUUGGUUUGGUUCUAGUAAGCUCGUCGAUUUUAGUUGGCCACUUGGCUGAGGGUGCCCGGAUCCUGGCCAUCUUUCCUUCGCCGGCCAAAAGCCACCAGAUUGUGUUCCGAGCUGUGGUCCGAGGGCUGCUGGAAAAGGGUCACCAGGUGCUGAUGAUGACGACGGAUCCUUUCGAGACGGACAAUCCGAAUGUGACGCAGAUCAGCUGGGACUUUGCCCAUCGGAUUGUGGACGAUAAUUUCGAUGUGGCCAAGUUGCGACAGAAUGGGUGCAGCUCACUGGAAGUGGCCUGGCGACUGAUGGAUGUUACCAGGAAGUUUGUCGCUGCGGAACUAACCCAUCCGGAAGUGCAAUACCUGAUCGAGAAUCCACACCUGCACCAGUUCGAUGUCCUUUUGGUGGAAUAUUUUCACAUGACCCCAUUUUUCGCAUUCUCCGAGCUGUACCAAAUUCCGAUGGUGGGAAUCACUUCGAUCGAUUCGAUUGGCUUUGCGCAUCAGGUGGUGGGAAAUGUGAUGAACGUCGUCGCUCAUCCGGAAAUGAACCAAAAAUACGCCGAAUUCCCCGGUUUCUUCAAUCGUCUCUGGGCCGUUCUCGAAAAGUUGUUCAUCGACUACAUUCUGCUUCCGAUCGAAUUUUCCAUGUACGAUCGAAUCAUCGAACAGAAUUUCGGUAGCAAUAUGUCCAAAUCGUACGAGUUAAUGCAGCGUCUCGAUUUUCUGAUGACAAACGUCGAACCCGUGUUGGGUUUCGUGAGACCAACAGUUCCCCAAGCCAUCCAACUGGGUUUGCUACACGUGCAACCAGCCAAAGCCCUGCCCAAUGAUCUUCAACUCUUCCUUGAUAAUUCCAAGCAAGGUGUUGUCUACUUUAGUUUGGGAUCUCUUAUCAAGAGUGGAUCGAUCAACGCUCACAAUAACAGGAUUUUCAUGGAAGUUUUCCAAUCGCUCGAUAUGAACGUACUGUGGAAGUCCGAUCAACCGACCGAGUUCAAUGGGACCGGAAACAUCUGGAUGAACCGUUGGUUCCCGCAGCAGGAUGUGCUCGCUCAUCCCAACGUGAAGUUGUUCGUGACCCAGGGCGGACAGCAAUCGAUGGAGGAAUCCGUGGAUCGACACGUUCCGAUGGUUGUUAUUCCAUUUAACUUCGACCAGUAUGCCAACGGCGAUCGUGUGACCGAACUCGGCAUCGGCAAGUCCAUCUGGAUGGAACACCUGACGGUCGAAGGUCUCCGGGAGGCCAUCAUCGAGGUUACCAGCAAUAAGAAGUAA